UCGGCGGGCGCGGUGCCGGGCUGCGGCGCGCGCGUGUCCCACGUGCUGCGGUGCGCGGCGGGGCUGCCCACCGCCCGCCAGGAGCCUCGGAGUGGCCGACCGACCACGGGGCCCUGCCCGACAACGGCUCCGCCGAGGCGCUGCGGGCCGCGCUGUGCCAGGAGACGCUGGACUUCGUGCGGGCCGGCCUGGCUGCGCGGGGCUGCCUGAUCUGCUGCCUGCAGGGCAGGAGAGCCGCUCGGUGAGCGUGCUGCUCGGCUUCCUGCUGCUGGAGAGGGGCGUCGGCGUGGACGAAGGUCUGGACCUCGUGCGGAGCAGCCGCCCCCAGGUGACGUCCCCCGAGCCCAGACGUCCGACGACGUUCAGGAGGGGAAAAAGACACGCCCGACCCAGCGCCCACGCGCGCUCAGAGCACCAUCGCCUCGAGCACACCACGCCGUCGGAGGUCUGGGGACGUCGGCUUCGUGCUCUGCCUGCGGCGCCUGCAGCGCGAGGCCGCCGGCGCGCUCCCGGCGCCGGCCGCGGCGGCGGGCGCUGGCUCCUCCCCGCGCGCUGGCCGCGCGGCGGUGGCCGCGACACCGGUAGUUUCUCAACCGAGUGCCCGUG